AUGGCAUCCAGCGACCAUAUUUAUAAAGCGGAUGACUACAGCAAAAAUAUUCAACGGCGGUGUUCCGAAAUCUUGGAUCUUCCGCCAAGUUGUAUCGAAUUUGUGCCUCGAGAAAAAUCUUCUACAACGACAGGUCCCACCGAUUCGGACAAUUACUUUAUUGUCGGUACCUAUCAUUUGCAGGCCUCUGCUUCUACAGAGCCAAACGAAGUGCCGAACGAUGAAGACAAUGACGAUGACGAAGAGCCAUCGUCUCUUCCAAUGCCUCAAGAACGAAAUGGUAGUCUGAACCUAUUCAAUCUCCGAGACAAAAAGCUGUAAGCGACAUGGAAUUUUUCAUUUCCUACAAUCAUUUUCUUGUUUACCUUUAUUUAUAUCUCUUUUUCCCCUACAAUGUAUUACAGCUUAGUGGCUAGCUCUCCUGACGACUUGAGUAGGACUCUCGUCGAAAGAAUCCCCUACCCUGCUGGCAUACUGGAUUUUCAUUUCAUACCCAACCGCCAAAUCCUUGCCGUUGCCUCAAGUACGGGAUGUAUUUCCUUUUACAGAACCACUUCAUCCCCAGUGGGUGAGAACCACUUUGGGAAGACCAUCAAACAUAUGACUACACAUCAAGUUUUUCCUCCGGAUAUCCUCGUUCUCUCAAUCACAUGGGUACCUACCACCAAAGAAUCACAAAUUCCAAUGCUGGUCACAACCAUCAAUACUGGCGAAGUCCACCUGAUCAAAUUUUCGAACUGGGAGUUUGAGGGGUACGAAAUUUUGAAUGACGAGAUGCCCAUUUGUCGACACGAUGCAGAGGCGUGGAUUGCUGCCGUCUGUCCAAGUUUGAAUCAUGUUUAUACCGGGGGCGAUGACAUACAACUGGAAAUCGUGGAUGCAAACCUCAAAGGAAUGAACGAAGAUACAGCGGUCGAAGCAGAGUUCACCAGCUCUGGAAAGGUCAGAGGACAUGAUGCUGGAAUUACUGCCAUUCUUCCCCUGCCGUUUCUUGAGAAUAGGAUGUUUCUGACGGGUAGUUACGAUGAUACUAUCCUUCUAUACACCAUCUCUCCCGGACGUCCGGCCAGAUUACUCAAUGAUCUCAAACUUGGAGGUGGUGUAUGGCGGCUGAAGUUCUUAGAGGAGCACUCUCUAGCUAAGGAGGCCGAAGGUGCUCUCAAGUGGAGAAUUCUUGCCUCUUGUAUGCAUGCUGGUGCCAAAAUUUUGGAACUGGACUUUGAUGGGGCCCAGAGUUGGAAGAUUACAGAGGUGGGGUAUGUUAAGGAGCAUAAGAGUAUGAAUUAUGCCAGUGACGUACAGCCUCUGAUGCCAAGUUGCAUCAAUGGCGGUCAACUUGACAGUGUAAAAGAAAGACUUGUCGUCAGCACAAGCUUCUACGAUAAGUUGUUGGUUGUGUGGACUUAUGAUCCGCAGUUUAGUAUUUAA